CAGCAAGCUAUCUUCAUGGCGAUAAUCCCAAAUAUGCAGGCAAGCAAUCGACCGUCUAUCUCUAGUACAUGUUAGCUUGAAGACGGCGAACGUUGAUCGAUUUGUAUCUUCUUCUCUCCCCACCAGGCGAGAUCUCUCCAGGCCUGGCACAUUAAAUCAAUAAUUCAACAGUGCCCUUCUGGACACUCACUUGAGAAUCACCCAUCAUAGGGUUCAACAGGUUAUCAAGAAAGUUUCAGCAGGGAUGCUUACCCCCCACCCGGCUACUUGCAUCCCCCUUACCAGGGUUUCUCUCCCCCACCUUCCCAGUAUUCGUAGUGGUGUCAGACAGAUUGAUUCUGUUGCUUGGAAGCAUGGUGAAGUUGAAUUCAGUACACGAAUCCAUAUAUGUGGAUCCUGGCCAUCUUCUUCUAAAUUUAAAUUUAGUAGAAUGUCUCUAAAUUAUAAAAUGUUCAAACACCAUAGAUUGCCAAGGUGCAUUGCUGUCAAAUCUGAACUUGGUGGUACUGACUCCGCAGGUGUUGUACGUUCAUUUCCAGAGCUGUGGCUGGGCUCAAAAAUGAGAGGAAUUGGCUUCUAUGCUGCAACCUCUUUCUCUGCCAUAUUUUUGUUUGUGUUAAUGGCUGCUGCACAUCCUUUUGUACUCUUAUUUGAUCGUUACCGUAGAAAAGCUCAUCACCUUGUUGCAAUGGUUUGGGCAAAAUUAACCGUCUCUCCAUUCUACAAGAUUGAUAUUAAGGGAUUGGAAAAUUUGCCUCCCAAUGAUGCACCUGCUGUAUUUGUAUCUAACCACCAGAGCUUUUUGGAUAUUUACACUCUCCUUACUCUUGGGAGAAGCUUCAAAUUCAUUAGCAAGACUGCUAUUUUUCUCUUUCCUAUCAUUGGCUGGGCCAUGUAUCUGAUGGGAACUAUUCCAUUGAGGCGUAUGGACACCAAAAGCCAAAUGGAUUGUCUUAAAAGAUGCAUGAAUCUAAUCAACAAGGGAGCAUCUGUUUUUUUCUUCCCAGAGGGUACUCGCAGCAAAGAUGGAAAGCUGGGGGUUUUCAAGAAAGGGGCAUUCAGCGUUGCUGCCAAAACUGGAGUUCCUCUUGUUCCAAUCACUCUUGUUGGAACCGGAAAAAUAAUGCCAGCAGGAAUGGAAGGCAGGGUAAAUUUCGGAUCAGUUAAAGUUGUGAUUCAUCAACCCAUAAAAGGGAGCGAUCCAGACGCGCUAUGCAGAGAGGCGAGAAAUGUGAUUGAGAAUCAGCUUGCAAUCCAAUGAUGAUAAGAGAGAAUGAGAUGCGCAGAAUUCUUAUUCGAUUUCAGGCUCCAAAGGGUUUUUGCCUAUUUUAAAAGCACUGCAAGGGGUCUGCUUUGCCAUUCUUCCAAGAACAGAAUGCUACAUUACUAUAGGUAAUACGGAUUUUACUAUAUACAAAUACGAGAUUCCUUUACACUAUGUUUGGUUUAGAAAAUUAGGACGGAAAAAGAACAAGGAAAAGAAAGUUGAAUAAACCAAAAAUUUGAGUUUUGCUUCGUUAGUUGGAAAAAUUGAUGAGAAUAUUAUUAUUCAUUAACUCUUUUGUUUGAUUGUUGUAGAGAAAAACGUAAGAAGACAUGGUUGAAGAAAUUUACCUGGCUAGGAGUAAAACAUAAAAAAAGCAUCAAAAUAGACUAUAGAAUAAGACUACUGUGUUCUG